GUCACACGCUCUCUCCAGGUGUCUGUUUGUUGUGAUAAGCCUUGGAGGUCACCUGCAGCGGGCUUCCUGUGCUCCGAAGGGGAGGAAGGACAUGUUUGUCUGCCGCUUGACUUCCAGUUACUGCUAUCUGGCCACCGCCUUCUUUUUUUUUUUUACUCCCUCCUCCCUUCCCUGUCCCUCUCUCCUCCUCCUCUCCCUCCUCCUCCUCCUCCUCAGCAGCAGCUACUGCAGCAGCGGCAGCAGCGUCCCGGUGCCUCCCGGAUCCAUGAAGAAAGCCCCUCAUCACGGCACCUCCUCAGCCACGAUGGGCCGCAAGCUAUUUACUGCGUUGUUGUGUUGAUAUCGAGAUAUUUCAGUUCUCAAAUAUGAAUCAUGCAUUUGAUAUUUCUGGCCACUUUGCUCGUCAGCAACCUCUCGCCUUGGCUUCAUCCAUCACUAGCGUCAUCCGGUACGUAUAUCACUAGCUUGCUGGCUUUGUGGUCACUUUCCUCUUAUUGCAUGCAGCUAUCACUUUUCUGUGUUGGGCUAAAACAAAAUAUCACGAUGCACUGCAGGUGUACGGCAUUGCGUCCCCCCCCCUCAAAAACAGAUAGGGAGUUAUUUGAUUUGUUAUGCGGCGUCUUCAACGUGAUGGUGCAUGAGGCAGACUUACAGCAUCUCAGCACCUUUUGUUCAGGACAUAAAAUAUUACAGCUCUUUAAAAUAUGAGAUAAGCACAGUUUAAUUCACUGACAGUAGGUGCCUUUAACUCAGGUGCAUAUUAUUUUCCUUCUGCUGUCUGGAUUGCAUAAUGCACUCUGCAUUUAUCUGUCUGCUGCAGAGUUUUUUACUUUGACAAUCACCAUGUCAAAAGUACCUCUGUAUAAAAUGAAGCAAUUUAUAUUCUGCACACUUGGUGAUGUGGUGAUUGUAUUCUGCGAUCUAUGUAAGCUUAUCUGUCAUAUACGGCUCACUAUGCCAUUUCAUAAAUCUUACCGAACUGUGUCCUGAAGAAAAAGCAAUGAAGCUGUGGCCACUUGCCUCCGUUUUAUAAAUGUGUUUCAUGAAUAAAGGAUGACAGCUGACGGUGUGUGGACCGCCGGGGUGUUUUCAUGUCUGUACAUUUGGAAUUCUCCGGCAGUUUCUCAAGGAGUCGAGGACAAGGUUGAGAGGGACGCAGUGCCGGCUCUACUGGAGCAACAGGCGACUGCAGCACCUGCCCCAGACAACAGAACACAGCAUGCAGUAGAGCAUGUGAUCACCUACCCCUCGCGGUUAAUCUACUACCUGAAUGAAGACUCGGAGAGUACUUACCAUGACCUGGACACCCGGACUAAGACCCAAGGUGCAGAGGGCCCGGUAAGUCUGCGUUCAGGAGGGAUGAUGUUGGAAAUUGAUGCUGGGAUGUGGGGAGAAGUUAUUUUUCAGAUAUUAGAAUCAGAAUUUGGUUUAUUUCCAAGUAGGUUUGCAUAUAAAAGGAACCUGUCUUGGGAUUUUGAUGAAAUACAAAAAAAUGUUAGAAUUGGGAAGCAAGUAGACUGUUGCACCGCUGUCGAGGAACUUCAAAAUGAAAACAAAACAUACUCUUACAGUGUGUAGUUUGGGAAUGUGCAAGAUACACCCUCAAACUACACACAAGAUUUACAGAUAUGAUCAUCAAGAGUGUGGGAUAAUUUGGUGCAUGGGAGUAAGAUGUUAAGGCUAACUCUAAACAUCAGAGUUCAGUGUAUUGUAGAGACAGUUUAAGUGACCAUGAGGCUGAUGCUCUUGUGAUCAUCAGCAGAAAUGUUUGGUUUAAUAAUAACAUGCUGUGAGGUCAAGGAUCUCAAGUUUAAAGUCGUAUCAAGCCUUAACCCGAUCGUCAUUUCUAAACAUUAUCAGCCAAAGCCAAGAAACUCAUCACAAUCAGUUCAACACAUAGUUUGACCAGCUUCAUUAUAUGUGGAAGAACUGGACUCAUGCCAGAGCAACCAUGCUGAAGAAGCCUUUCUUCCAGUGUGCCCACUGUAAAUUACCAUCUGCCAUCCAUCCACCACAUCUGUUAUCAGUGCUCUGUGCUGAAGAUGAUUUUGAAAGUGGACUCUGGAGGAUUGUUUUGCCUGAAGUAGCUAUUAGCUACCUUACGCCUGCCAUAAUCUGCAGUGACUACCUUUUUUCUCUCUUUCAGGCUGUCCAUCUUGCCCAGGCUAGCUUCCAGUUAGAGGCAUUUGGCACAAGAUUUGUACUGGAUCUAGCAUUGAACAAGUAAGUCACACUCUUCUGUCUGCGCUUGUUUAUUCUUGGCUUAAUGGACUGAUGUUAUAGUUAGUUAGCCAGCUUGGUUGUGAACAGGAAUAUGUGGAUGAAGAACCCUUUGCAGUCACUCAAAACUGCUUUUGCAGUGGACUACUUGUGUGUGAGAUUUUUGUUCAACUCCAAGAUAAGAUGUUACAAACUUUAAGUGUUAAUGUUUUGUUCAUUCCUGACAAGAAUGUUUAUUGUCAAGGUCAUGUUGACAGUAAUGCUGCAGAUGGUUUAAAACUCAGAACAAAGGGGGCAUAUUUCAUCCUGGUUACAGAGGAGCAGUGUAAACGUAGUCCAAACAUUCACACCAGCAGAUCCACAUCAAUGCUACCUCUGGGAAUUAAGCAAGAGGUGCAGCUGCAAAGUGAAACUUUCUCAGGAAAGCUACAUUGAAUUUCCUUUCGGAGAUUAAUAAAGUUCUUCGUAUUCUUAUUCUCUAUUGUAUUGUAUGAUGCAAUGCUGUUAUUACUACAAUCAGCACUGUAUGCUAUACUAUAGAGAAAAGUCGAACAAAAAAGAAGUGAAAUAGUAUAUCCUCAUUGGUAUAUCCUUGCACAGUUGAGGAAUCCUCACUGAAUACAAAGUGUACUGUAUGUUCCAAAACAACAUCUGUAAAACAUCAACACUGAGAGAGUCAAGUAUUACGCAAGAGUUAACGCAAUCACAAGAUGUAUCAGCGCAAGACUUUGUGAGCCAGCACUCUGUACUAAAGCUGAAAUGAAAAUGGACAGCACUUCUGAAUCACCAAUGCUUGUAAGUGGUACAUGCUAAUGUAUGUGAAUAAUGCAGCGUCAGUCAGAGAUAAUGACAUCAGGGAAACUGUAAUUGCAUACAUCAGUGUGCUGGAUUCAGAAGUGCUAAGAGUAGUUUUACCUCAGCUGCCAGACCACAGAGACAAACUGUUUAACUAAAUGAUUUGUAAAACCAGUCUCCGUUUUCAGUGAGGUUUCAGUGGUUUGCAUCCAACGAAACAGAGAGACAGCUACGUUGUAGUCUGUCUGAUCACUGUCGCAUUCAGAGACACAAGGCUCUGGACACUCAAUGAUAUUGAUUUUCUCCCUUCACAAAGUAGCUGGUGUACAUACGUGAAGGCUUAAUGUGCAUGUGAACAAGGACUUUAAAAUGCUAAUUGAAUUCCAGGUCUCUUUGUGUAAUAUGGAGCUGGAUUCUGUAAUGAAAUAUUGUUGUUUCAUAUUGUCUUUACAGCUAAGUGCUGUUGGACCUCUCGUCUAUGUGCUUGUACUCGUGUGCUUGUUGGCAGCUUUUUUUCUCCAACAAUGCAAAGAAAAAAAGAGCCUUGAGAAGAGGUGUCAUAAAUCACAACUAUGGUUUACUUAGUUUUAAAUUGCAAAAACUCCACCAUACAGUAUUCUGUACUUGAGAGCUAAAUUUAAUUAUCUUGGCCAACAACAAAUCAUGUUUUCUUGUAAGAAUAUGGACACUGUUGAAGUGUUGCUGCAGAAAAGCACAGAUGUCAUCAUCUAUCUGAAUUAAGCAGUAGGUUUCCACACACAAUAAGAUGAUAUAGGAGUAAAUCUACUGUCACAGCUGCUCUGAUAUUUUAUGAAUACAAAAGAGCUUAUAGUCACGUUUCGGGACAAGCAGCGAUAGACUCAUUCUCUUUCUGUGUUUUGUCACUUCAUACCACAAUCACCAUAUUCAUUGAGGUUUUCUAGUGAAAGACAUGGGUAAAAUAUUCAUCACACCUUUUAUUUGUUUGCGUUUCUGCAUAAGUACAUCUUUGUUUGCAGUGUAAGCAGCACAUUAGAGAUGGAUACAGGAGAAAUCAAGGAUUCAUCACUCAGUUCCAUCUCACAGUCAUCAUCAUGGAAAACAGAUGCCGUCCUGUCCUGUACAUUCCCACACGAUGAAAAGUUGCUACAGAAUCUGUUUACAGCUACAGAAAGGCCUGAAAGUGUGACCUUGAUUCCCAGCUGGCUGCCUGGACUGUGGGUUAUCUGUGAGAUACAUGAGCUAACUCCACUCUGUUCCUUUUUUCGGUGUGAGAACAGGGGUUUAAAUUCUGCUUGGUGUUGUAGUUGUAACAGAACAGGACUGAUCUAAAUUUAGACAGGUUCGCAACCUGCCAAUACUUGGUCUGCUCAACUCUUACCUUUAAUCGUACCUUUGGCUGCACACCAAGGACGAAGUUUUACUGCUUUGAAAAAAGAUUUUCAAACUAAACAAUGUUGUGUGAUUAAAUUAUGUGAAAGCAGACAGUGAGGAUGUUGAUUUAUUUAGUCUAAAUCUUGACCAAAUGUAAGAGGGAUGAGUGCCAUGUGUCGCUACUGGAUUCAGACCUGAAUUUGAUCCUGUGCCAAACUCAAACCUCCUGCAGUUUUUUGGUGCCUCACUUCUCUCUCACUGCUGCUGCUGCUGCUGCAUUGUAGCACUCAGUCUCCUCUGGACUGAGGAAUCUCAGAGCAGGACUCCUUUUUCCUCCUCUUUACACGCUCUCACCAACAUGUAAACACACAUGCACAUCAUGAUACACCCUAUCCCACAGUUUUAAACCUUCAUGCCCUGCAGUACUGUCUACCACUCCACACAAACACCAGUACACUCCGGCGUGGCCCACUCUCCUCACCCUUCCUCAUCCGUGGAGCUAAAAAUAGCCCCUCACUCAGGAACCUCUCACAGACACAGCUCGUGGCUCGAUUCUCCUUUCUUAAUGGUGCACUUCCUGCUCACGUGCAGCUGAGCAUCACUCAAACACGCCACACUCUUUGUAUCACCAGACAAAUCCAUCACCUCCGUCCUUUUUCCCUUUAAUUGUGUUGAAACACCGGCUGCAGGGAAGAGGAUGCUUUUGAUUAGCAAGGUUACUGAGGAAAAAAAGCGCCAUUGUGCAGAAAUCGCAGCCUCUUGAAAUCAGCUGUCAGCUAACAGAUUGAAUGUGUGUUAGUGUUUGCGUGUCACGGUGAGGGACGCUGACUCAGGCAGCGGAAACUGCCGCGAGGACCGUUGUGUUCAAGGUUAAGCCGAGGCCUCAUAAUCGUUUAUCAUGUUCAUCACUUCAUUGGCAGCAUUCUGAUGAUGUGACUUGUUUCUGUUCCUGUUAUGUGCGCUGAUUUUCAAGCACUGAUCUAUGAGGGGCGGCUCGGAGGAAGAAUCCCACAUGUAAAAGAAAGUUUCAAAGAUAUCUGGACUUCUUUAACCUUGUUGUUACAUUAUUUAUAAAAGGAAUCUUCUAUUUUACCAGGUGGAGUUUUGUUUGAACAGCUUUUCCUGUGAUAAUUAAUCAUCCCUAGGAAUAAAUGCAUCGUAAUUCUUCCUGCGGGCAGCCAACAUUUAACAUCUCCGCUGCUCUUUUGAGAUGCCACGGGAGUGUUUGUGCUGGUUAAUCCAAGCCCAGUGGUGAUGAGUGUUCUUGUUUACAAAAAGCACUGCUCACCACUGGCUUCUAACCCCAAUUUGUAAGUCAGAUAAAGCAAAGACAGGCAGACUCUGGUGUGAUUUUUAUUGUCACUGCUUUUUUUUCCCUCAAACUCACUGCAGUCUCCAUUUUCACAGUGACUUGCUGUCUUCUGAUUAUGUCGAGAUCCACUUUGAAGGGGGCAAGCCUGUUAUGUCAAAGGUAACGGCUUCUGUACUUGUGACUUCACUGUUACAUACUUCUUGUUUUGGUUGCAUCUGUGUUUGUGUUUUCCUUCCGCUGGUACAUUGUGUUCUGCUUUAUUUUUGUAUUUUUAUAGUCAUGCACUUUGGCAGAGUAAAAAGUGCUUUAAUUAUCCUAAGGAAGAGAUGUAUAAACAGAUAGAAACUACUCUUGUUGUUCAUUUCCCGUAUAUCUGCUGGCAUCUCAUCUGUAGACGUCAAAGUAUCCGGGAAUUCAAAAUAACACUGCUGCCGUCACUUUAAAAUCUCAUCCAAACAAGAGCACACACAAGCAGGAAAUCUCUGCAGAACAAAAUGUUCAUGAAGAAGCAUCAUAGAUAGAUAGAAAGAGGAAUUUUUAAAGAGGAGCUAAAGAGAGGAGCUAGAGAGAGGGGGGAGAAAGCAGUUUAGGAAUGAGAGAUGGUUUCUGCUGCUGCUGCUGAUUCAGGCAGAGGGGCUGGGCUGGGCAUGCUGUAGCUGAAUCAGCAGGGUUUUGCUCCCCUGCAGCCUCCUGAUGGAGCUCUGGUCACGUGACAAAGGAGAGAAAGCCCUCUGCAGUAGCAGUGCAGCGUGGGAUGGGUGAAGUGAGGUGGAGAAAGCGAGAGGGAGAGGGAGAGGGAGUGAGAGUGAGGGGGGUUGGAUGUCCUCUGCUCACCCUGGACCUGACAGCUGAGUCACAGAUAGUUCCAGGACCCGCCGUGCAAUGUUUUAACUCCACAUCUUAACAAGCACAGACUCCCUGCAGAUAUGCAUUGCAAAUACACCAAACCGGCAUCUGUGAGACAAGCUGUUCGCUCCUCUGAGAUGUUUGAAAAUUCUUGUUAAUUAAGUAAAAAAUAUGAUACAUUCACCACGCCAAAGCUGAUCUGAGCAAUCUAUCAAUAUAUACACUGUUUAAUGUGUUCUGUUUCCAGCUUGAGUGAUCUGCUCAUGUGUGCUGUGGUGCUGCAUUUACACUGCUCUCUCUUCCUCAGGGUGGGGAGCACUGUUACUACCACGGUCAGGUGAGAGGGAACGACAACUCCCAUGUUGCCUUAUCUACCUGCAAUGGGCUGCAGUAAGUGUACAGCAGAUGUCCUGUCAUGUUCUGUAUAUCUCUGAAUUCACUCGCCUCUUCUUCUAUUGACUCCAUAUUGACUGACUCCUCUCUCCCUCCUCUCUCUCUCUCUUUCUCUCUCUCUCUCUGCCUGGCAGCGGGAUGUUUGACGAUGGAGUCUAUAUGUAUCUAAUUGAGCCCUUACAACAGACACAUUCAAUUGUAAGUUAUUUCCGCUGCUGGAAAGAGACACAUGUUUUACUCUACGAUCUAUGUAGAGUCAGCUCCAGGUCACAUGCACAACAUCCUUUGCUGUGUCUGUUAUUUACAGUUUUAGCUGAGGAUAACCAGAGACAUAUCUGUUGUUAUGGAAGAUAAGGCAAUGAGGCAUGUCUGGAAGGACUCCCAGUAUAAAUUCAUUGUAGAUGAGCACAUUGGCUUGUUGUUGCCAGUAUGCUGUCAUAUUUGCAGUAUUAUCAGCAGGGCCGGGCAGUAUGGUAGAUAUCAAUAUCACGAUAUCUGAUGAGGUGAAAUAUUCAUGUAAGUCAUAUCAGUCUUGUCUAAAGCAUUGCACUGUUAUGAUUGUAACUUUCACAUUAAAUCGUUAGGACCACAUAAAUGUACCACAUGAUAAUUAAUUAAAGGGCCAUUCAGCGAAUUCAGCUUCUAGCCAAGAAAUAGUUGGAUAGUAAUAUUGUCACUUUUCCCACGAUCCUAGGCUUGAUAUUAAGUUACAGCUAGUAAGUUACAUUCCAACACACAGUACAGUCAAUAUAAAGCUGUGAAAUAUGAUGCGUUGGCGCUGCGUCUUCCAGAUGUAGAUAAGUGAGCAUAAGACCCGGUAUUUUGCAGGUCAGUGUUGGUAAUCUGUUGACUGAAGUAGGCUGUUUGCCUUGUGUUAAGUUAAGCUGACUUGCUGCUGGCAGAGAGCAGUUUAGAUAACUUAUCUCGCACUUUAUAAAAACAAACAUGUUAUUUCAAAAUGUUCUCUGUGGAGACAGAAUUAUUAGACUCUGUGUUUGGCACACGGUUCAAUCCGAUUUGGUCAAAUUUGUUCAGAGUUCACUUCAACUGUCAGACAGUAUUCACUGAAGAGUUUCACCACAGCACUUUGAUUAAUAAACACGUAGCUUGCACCAGCUCCUGCCUGUCCCAGUUCCUCUCCAGCCCAUUAACACUUGUUACUUUGUCCUGCAGGAUACAGCUGCAAGGCCUCACAAACUAAAGAGAGCCGCCUCCUUUAACUGGAACAGUAAUUCAGAGGAACAGGGUGAAGGUUCGUUUUGCUGUCAUUCUUCCUUUGACAUAACUUCCUCCUAUGUCAGUCCAUCACUUCUGACUGUCACCACACCUCAUGACUCAGACUUAAGGUUAACCUCAAAAUGUUGUUUACAAAGGAUGAUUCUCAAGUUUUAGGAGAUGGAAUUUUAACCUGUUGCUGAGAAAAUUACUAGAAUGAGUUCAACAAAAGCAGCAGAUUUACUGUUACUCCCACCUCCACCACUGUGACCAAGUUUGAUGACUUUACUUUGCUGUUGACUAGCACACUCACUUCACCCUGUGCUUUAUGGGAAACUCGGAAAAAUAAUGUUGGAUAUUCUCUGGAAAAAAUAAGUCGACACAACCCUGUGGGAAUACCCCGACAUAAAUCUUUAAUUUGCGUUGAAAUCACUUGUUUUUCGACAGCUGAGGAGGAGCAGUUCUUCUCGGAGCUUGAUGACUUGUCCUGGCUGAGGCGCAGGAAAAAGCGAGCGGUAAGUUUCUGACCUCACUUCUGACUCAAGUCACGCGUCAAAUUUUGUGUCACCCGCCCUUGCUCUGUUUUGAUAUUUUGGUUUAUACAAUGAGUUUCCUGAAGUACACAUGGUCUCAAAUUUAAACUGUGGUCAUGGUGAUACUUGUGGAUGUUUUUUGUUUUGCAGAUGCCCCGCAAUAUAUUUGAAGAGAUGAAGUAUUUGGAGGUCAUGAUUGUCAGUGAUCACAGUAUGGUAUGUGCACUCAUUGUUUGCAACAACAACAAAUAAAAAAACUGCUUGCUGUCUAACUGUUUCUUCUCAGAGAAAAACCUUGACGUUUCAUACCUACUCUGCUUGUGCCCCACCAGAGGGAGCUGUACCAGUGAAUGUGGCCCUUUGGCUUCAGCUCAUACAGAUCUGUGUUUCUCUGUAUCUGUUUCUGCAGUAUAAACGACACAGGACCAAGCAGCACACAAGGAACUUUGCCAAAUCAGUGGUCAAUCUUGUGGAUGCUGUGAGUAAACUUCUUUCUUCCUUUUUAGAGACAUGUAAUGCAUGUUAGAGGUCAUUGUCAAGCUGUUUUAUAGCCAUGAGUCAGUCACAGCUAAUACUUGGUGCAGACUGAAGCAUCCGAGCAGGAGGGUUGACUGACCUGAAAUUUUGUAGCUUUGUAUCUCACAGGAUGAAUCAUAUAUAUCUAAGUAUCCCCUGACUUUACAUGCAGCUCCAUGGUGAGCAAAGCUUUUCACUUUUACAGCAAAAUAUCUGCUCAGCCAAAAGAUGCAAAAGAUUUUUGUCCAGAAAUUAUUUCCUAAAUUUUAUUCCAAACUUUUUGCUAAUCUAAUAUCAGCAUCAAGCUCCAACCCACCAAACACUCGACGUCAUUUAGAUGUCGUUUUUCAGGCUGAAUCACGUCGGCCAAUCAUGGCCGUAUUUAGCCCAAAAAAAGACGUUGAAAACUGGGCUUGAUUUAGAUUGUCUGAAUCUAGACCUUGUUUCGACGUAUGGUGAAAACAUCUUUUCAACAUCUUCUCAAUUUCUUUUCAACCACUUUUUGUUGGGUGGGAAAGCCCUGCACCGAGCUCUUGUUGGAGUCAAAAUAUGACAGAAUCCAUUGUGUUGUAUUAGAUAAGAUAAUCCAAUAUAACACAGAGGCAACCAGACAGCAUGGUGCCCAAAAUGUCCUUCCAGUGUGUGUCCAUUAAUAUAUUAGUCUUUAUGACAUAGCUGAAGACUUCUAGAGUCAUUAUGAAGGACAUCUCCCGGUCAGCCCGGCAGUAUAAUCAUAUUGUUAGGCCAUGCUGUGUCCAUGGUUCACUCUGUGUUCUUGUUGUGUACAUUAACAAUCCCCUCUUCCUCCUUUAUCCCAGUGUGCUUCAUCCCCUUGUCUGUUCUCCUCAGACUCUGCAGAUUUAAAAUUCGUACCCUUCACACUGCCUCGGUCUCUCUUCCUCUCUGUGUCUUUCUUUCUUUAUUCCUCCUGUUCACCGCACGCUUCAAUGGCAGAUCUUCAAAGAGCAGCUUCACACGCGUGUGGUGCUCGUUGCUGUGGAGAUCUGGAGCGACAAAGAUCAGAUCCCCAUCAGCGUGAUGCCGCUGGAAAUGCUGCGUGAUUUCUCCAAGUACAGGCAACAGAGCAUCAAGCACCACGCUGAUGCUGUGCACCUCAUCACGUAAGCUAAUAACUGUCCGUCACUCUUUUGUACUUUUGUAUUAUUGUGAAAAAUCUCUUCUUGUUGGAUGCUUUUCUUUAAUUUUUAUGUUUUUCUUGAUGGCCAUGUAAUUUUUAGAGAAAUAUAUACACAAUGCAUGUAAGGUAAAGCCUUGAGAAUAAUAUUUUGAGGUCUACAGUUCUGCAAAGUCUGCAGUUGUUUAAAACAGCGCAGUGGCUUCAGAAGUAAAUAUUAAUGCCCUGGAUUUGACUCUGUGAUGUUUUUCUCUUUUGUUGUCCCACCUCUCUCUUGUAGAAAUGUGACCUUCCACUACCGCAGGAGCAGCGCCGCGUACUUCGGAGGCACGUGUUCUGUGAGCCGUGGAGUCGGGGUCAAUGAGGUGGGUGUUCGCUGUGUAGCACCGAGCAUCAAUCUGACACAGUGUGUGUGUGGCAGGUGAAUAAUCCAUGAAUAAUCCCUUCUGUGUCCACAGUAUGGCAAUAGCUUGGCCAUGGCGGCGUCUCUAUCCCAGAGCCUGGCACAGAACCUGGGGAUCCAGUGGGACCCGGCAUCCAAGAGAAGUAUACCUAUGACAUGCUUUGUUAUCUCACAGCGAAUAGAAGUGAGAUAGGAAGCCACUAAGAGUCAAAUGAACAACAAAGAAAAACAUUUUCCCACUUAUCUCUAGUUUUAUUUCUCUAUUAAAACAGUAUUACUUCAUGGUGGACCCUAUAGUCACCUGAUUCAGCCUUUCUGUACUUGUGCUCUGCAUCGAUGGAAUGACCUUCUGACUAAAGUGAGCAUAUGAGAGACACUGCCAAAGCAGAAACCAACCUUUUCAGACUUAAAUCCCAACAAAACAUACUUGCACUAUCGUUUUACAGCUGAGGGAGAUGAUUUUAGGUAGUUAAAAACAGAUGGAAAUCAACACUGGUGCCUAUAUAUAAGCUUUAGAAGCUGUUAAGACCAUUGGCAGCAAGACUGAAUAUAUUAAUAUAGUUGUAAUUAAUGCCAGAAAUGCUACCACAGAGUAGGUGUCAGAUAAAGUGAUUAACUACACAACAUGUGAUUUAAACCUGUUUUCUUUCACAAUUUUAGUACACUGAGCAUCUGAGGUGAAUAAAAACCGACCAUAAGGGCCGCAGUGACCUGGGUAGAAGUUGCCAUGUUAAUCUGUUACAUUAAAAAUCAUCUCCGAGUUGAGUUUUAGGACCUCCUGUCACGUUUAAAACAACAGAUGGAGCCUGUUAAACUACAAGGUGCCUUUUGUUUGUCUGUAAACUCUAAAUCUCAGCCAGGACUGACAGAUGGAGAGAUGCUGAGAUUGUCUUGGAGAAGUGGUCCAAAAGGAAUUUAGUUGAGUCAUGCUGGAGAAAGACGUAUGCCGUCACUUUAAAAUAUAUAUUAUUUGCUUGAGAACCUCAGGUGCUAAAUCCACUGAAUGAUGCAGAUUUUCUUUGAGUAAGUCAUGUUAGCGUAUUUAAUUAAAAACCUUAAUAUCACUUCUUUUUCUCCCCCCUCUCUCUCUCUCUCCCUCUGUGUGUGUUUUUCUGUCCGCAGAGGAAUGCGGUUGUGCUGACUCUUGGAUCGGCUGCAUAAUGGAGGACACAGGGUAAUUUCCAGCACACUUCUGGGACACACACACACACACAAACACACACACACACAUAAAAGAGUUAGAGAGUGAAACGAUUACUACAGUUUAACAGUCCGAUAUUAUCAGACAGAUUGGGUUUUAAUACCAGACAUAAAUAAGGUCAGUGGGCUUUCAUCAGCUGCUGUUAAGUGGUACAUCUAAUAAGAGGCACAACAACAUUAUAUUCUCAUUACAGCACCAGUAACUCUGUUACAGUCCUUGCACAUGAGAGCUUUUUACUGCUGCUUCUCUUUCAAUCAUAGUUAGUAAUCGGUCUGUUUACAGUUUACACAAACCAUGCUGCGUGCUUUGUCGUCACAUUGUCGUUUUUCUCGUUUUAUCUACGAAAAACUUGGCAGGUAGAGUUACAAAAUGUUUAUUUAAAGACAUCAGGAGCUGUUUUCAAUUGUUGUUUUCUUAAGUUUUCUGAAUUAUUUGUCAUACUGCUAUAAACUUAUCUAUUGAACCCCUGCGCUUUUGGUUGCCAGAUUUUUCUUUUUUUAAGGAAAUAUUUUAUUCAGAAGUAUACAAGCACAGAUUUACAAGAUGUUUACAUUACAUAUUUCCAACUUUUUUUUCCUUUGAAAUGAAACAGAGAACAAUUCCCCUCCCAGAACAUAGGACACAUGACUCCAUAUAUUACUGACAUAAAUUCAGAUAACAAAGCAUUUUCAGGUGAGGAUACGAUAUACCUACUUUUGAUAUAUAUAUAACUUCAUGUGUAAUUCACCUGUAAAGUGUGCCAAAUAAAAAUAGAUAUUAAAAAGCUUAGUUAUAACACAAGACACAGACAUACAAAAGCAGUUUUAACAUGUAAAGGUGGAAUGCAAGAAGGAAAAAGAAACAGGCCAUACUAUAGAUAAUUUAUGAACAGAUCAGUACAAGAUAAUACAAUCAAAGUGAGGGCAAAAAAAAAGAAAGAGAAAGUAAUGAUAAAUAAAUAGAGUACAAAAUAUUUUGGAAAUGGAUGAGAUGGACUAGAAUUAUUAUCAGACAGAUACCCCUAACAGGAGGAGUCAACUAAAUGUUGUCAGGUAGGACACCCAGUCCACCUACAUAUGUUAGAAUUGGGUCCCGUAUUAAAUGAAAUUUGUUCUUAGUCCCUCUCAGUGAAUAUCUUAUCUUUUCUAGUUGAAUAAAAUUCAUCAAGUCACUUAACCGUGUGGAUAACGUGUGUGAGUUUAGUGAUUUCCAGUGUAAUUCUUUAAUUCUUUGGGUUGCCUGAUCCUUGUACAACUAUUAAAAUGUGUCCAGUGUGGUAAUAAAAGGUCCAGACAGAUCCAGAUUAAACAUUAUUCACCCUGUAGAAAACCUGUCUCAUAAGUUUUUAGUAUUAUAGGCAUAAAUGGUAAACACUUGCAGUAACAGUAGCCUGUGUGAGUCUGGUCUAACACAUAGAAAUUGUUCUGUAAAACCAAAAACAGUGAAGCUCACAGUUGUUACACUGAGUUUAAAAGCACAGGCAGGGGCAUAUUUUCAUGGCACCCCUGUGGAAGUUAAUUAUCACCUUGUUUUUCUCUCUGUUCAGGGUCCAACAUCCUCGACGAUUCUCCAAAUGCAGCAUCACAGACUACAAAGAGUUCCUCCUGAAGGGUGGAGGCUCCUGUUUGUUUAACAGGCCAACCAAGGUUACAUCCUCAUGUCUGCUGCUCUCUUUUCUUUGUCACUACUAUCAUGAAUCAUAAAUGUCUACUCUAUCCCUCACAAGCUCCUCUCCCCUCUUCCCGGCAGCUGUUUGAGCCGACAGAAUGCGGUAAUGGAUUUGUGGAAAUAGGAGAGGAGUGUGACUGCGGGGCCAGAUCAGUGAGUGUGUUUUCCCUCAAUCUGUUGUUUUUGUAGUCCGCUUGUUCAGAAGGAUGAAGCUCUGUCCUCUCCUCCUCCUCGUUUGCAGGAUUGCUACAAAGAAUGCUGCAAGAAGUGCUCGCUCGCCAGUGGGGCACACUGCAGUGACGGCCCAUGCUGCAAUAACACAUGUCUGGUACAAUCUUUUCUUAGUCCUUCUAAAACACGGUGAAUGAAGAUGUUUGAAAUCAUAAUUCUCUCUUCUCUUUUUCUUUCCAGUUUUAUCCUCGAGGUUACAGUUGCCGCUAUGCUGUAAACGACUGUGAUAUCUCAGAGACUUGCUCUGGCGACUCUGGACAGGUGUUCUUGUGUUGCACUGUCUCCUUCACUUCUAACACUUUGAUUUUAUCACAUCUUUGCAAGUCAGAGAUGACUGUAGAUGGUUUAGAUGCUAUCUUCUGUCUUUGGUUGUUUUCAGUGCCCUCCCAACCUCCAUAAGCAGGAUGGUUACCUCUGCCAGGUCAGCCAGGUACGCAGACUGACGACAACAGGAAACACUUAGCAGUUUUGAAGAGCAAAGAGUGGAGGAAUUCACUGUAUUUUCCUCUCUUUCUGUCACAAGGGUCGCUGCUACAGUGGAGAGUGCAAAACCAGAGAGAGCCAGUGCAAAUACAUCUGGGGGCCAAGUAAGGCGAUGCUUCCUUUGGUUCUCACCGAGCUGCUUUAAGACAGUAUCAUAACUUUACAGAGACGCUGUAAGAAAAAAGGGUUUGUUGUAGUCUUUGUUGUGCCUUCCUCUCUUUUCUUCAGAGUCUGGAGGCUCAGAGAAAUUCUGCUAUGAGAAGCUGAACACAGAGGGAUCAGAAAAGGGCAACUGUGGGAAGGAUGGAGAUAAAUGGAUCCAGUGUAGCAAACAGUGAGUUUUCAAGAAAUCCUACUUCAUCUAUCAUCUAUCCUCUCUAAUUAAACCAUCCACCUUAAAUCCCCCCAAAAAGCUCUGCUCCUUUAAGAAAUAGUUGUCCCAGAGACACUGCUGGCCAGUGGUUUAAGCAUGCGUCUGUGGAGAUUUCGAUCCCCUUUCCUGCAUGUCUGGAUUUCCUGUCCUCUGAAAAUAAAGGCAACACACCCAAUAAUAAAUCUGAAAAACAGAAAUACUUCCAGACUCAUCUCUCUCUCCUUAAAGGCAAACUGCUGCCAUGAUUCCAGCUUCAGAUACAUCCAUGUUUAUAAUGCCAGUGUUAUGUUUAACUGGUUUACUUAUGAAGGGACUGUUAAAUCAAGCAUGCUCUUUAUAUUUGCAGAGGAAAUUGGACAGCAGCUUAGAGUCCAUUCAUAAAAGUAGUUUGAGAAAAAUAAAACAUGUUUGCUCAUAAUUAAGAGAAAGAACUCAGUAAGGUAAGGUUGUUACUUCCAUGAAGCAUGCAUUUUGUGACUGAAAAAGUCGCUUGAAAAUAUUGGAUGUUCGGACUUGCUGUCAGAAGUGACAGCAGCUGAUGGAUGGAUGAGGCCUGACAAGUAAAAACAGGAAUAAUUUGGAGACUGUUUCUUCCACAAUGCAUCUAUUUUUCUCUUCUGUAUUUCUGCAGUGAUGUGUUUUGUGGUUACCUUUUGUGUACCAACAUCGGCCGCAACCCACGCAUAGGAGUGAUCAAAGGAGAAGUAACCCCCGCCUCCUUUAACCAUCAAGGCAGACUGGUAGACUGCAGGUUAGAAAAUAAUGGAUUUUUUUGGGACUCCCCGGAACUGCUCCUGACAGGAGCUCUGGUCCUGUCACAUCCAGUUUGAUCUGAGCCUUUUCUUCCUCCUCCUUUGUCUUUGUCUUUCUUCUCUAACUUUUCCUCGCAGUGGUGGCCAUGUCCUUUUGGAUGAUGAGACUGAUUUAGGCUACGUGGAGGAUGGGACUCCCUGUGGGCCGUCGAUGAUGUGCCUUGACCGCAAGUGUCUGCCCAUCCAGUCACUUAACAUGAGCACCUGCCCUACUGGACCUAAUGGACAGGUGUGCUCAGCCCAUGGGGUGAGUCUUAGAGUGAAUGAACCAAGGCAUCAUCUGAGUUUAUUUACUUUAUUUUUGUCAUUCAGUCAGAAACAACAUCAUUAUAUCAUCAAAUCCCAGCAUGCUGACUGAAGACAUACAAUAUAGCUUAUUUGAGAGGAUGCAAUACAAAAACAAACCAGUUUUUUAUGUCUCAUUGGAUAUUCAACAAUCCAAGGCCCAGCUGAAUUAUUUUCAUUUAAUUCUCAAAAUGUUGCCUCUUGAAAUUUGGUUUGGAUUAGUGUGUUUACUAUACUAACAAAAUGUCUGCUUUCCUCUGUUUUCAUGCUAGAGGUUAGACUCGUUUCAGGUUUCAAAUUUACAAAUGUAGAAAUGUUGUGUAUCUGACAAAUCACUAUGAUUUAGCCACUUCUCAGGCUAUCAAGAUAAACACCAUGUUGGGAAAACUUAGAUGCAGAUGGGCCACAUUUUAAAGGCAAAGCUGCAUAUUUAUUAACAUCACAACAUUAGCAUUUUAAAAAUGUGAAAGGCAAAGAGUCACAGCUAACAGUACUGUUAGCCAAGACCUGGUUUUUAGCAAGUGCUAACUAACAGGUUAUCAAAUAGGCCUAACACUAACUGCAUCUGUGGACACAGUUGCUCUAUUGCUCCAAAAGACUCAUUUCAGGACAUAGAAGUGACUGCUAAUAGGCGGAUGAUGGUAAUGUUAGUGUGAAGAGAGUCUGCCGUUUGAGCUGGUGGUAAUUAUGUAUAUAGUGUCAGAAAUGUUUGCUCCACAGUGAGAUAAACACUCCAAAGUGGUUCGCUUAGAAAAUGUCUUGUCUCAUUUGCCGUCACAGCACGUGAUGGGCAGUUGCAUGUCACUCCUGCUGUGUUAGAGCUCAAUAUGCUAAAACUGUUAGUUUUAAAAAUUCACUUAAGGAAAUGUGAGGAUAUUUGUUAAAAAGUGCUCCAAUGUGUAAGCAUCUCUAUUCACAGCUCCUGCUCCCCUCUGGUCAGCUCAUCUGUUUCUGUCUGAUCUGCACAGGUGUGCAACAAUGAAGCCACUUGCACCUGUGACAGCACCUGGGCGGGGACAGACUGUAGCAUGCCUGACCCGCCUAAAGAGCCAGACGCCCCUCCAGAAGAAGGAAACAAGGGUCGGUUUCAGUAACAUACAAUCUUUAGCACCAGAAAGGAAAUAUAACACACUGUAAUGUCCACCAAUUCAAUUUACUGAGUUUUAAACUUUGUUGUGGCUUGUUCUGAAUCUGUUUCACUGUCAUUCAUAUAGGGUCACAAAGACCGACAAAGCAGUGCUACAUUUAAGAAGUUUGACUCAGAGGAAGACAUUAACUCACAGUUCAGCUGUACACAUGAUACUUUCUUCCACAGGGGGCCGGGGAGUUUGUUAAGGGGGCAGGACGCCUCUCAGAAAGGACCCGUGUCACUACAUUCAUGACUCUGAAGCAGACGCCUGCUGUUUGUUUUUGACAGGGUGGUAAUAAUGCUCCUUUUCCCUCUGCACAGUGAGCGUGGCCACUAACAGGCUGAUAGGGGCAGUAGCAGGGACCAUUCUGGCCCUGGGGGUGAUUUUUGGAGGCACAGGGUGGGGAAUAGAGUAAGCAUCUUUAACCCUUUCACAGCUCUUCCUCUCAUAGUGGUGCCUCAGUGUGCGGGCGGUCUCGUGAGCCGGCCUGAGCCCGUGUGUGCGUCCCGGUGGCUUUGUGUCUUCUUGUGUGUUGGUGAUGACCAUAUAAUUGUCAUGUGAUUGGAUGUUUUCAGUGUUGUGUGAUUGAUUGAUAGACUCCUCCUCCCACCUCCUCCUCCUCCUCCUCCUCCUCCUUUCCUGCCACUUCCUGUUGUUCCCCAUUAUUACAAAGCCUCUCUCUUCAUCCCCCUCUUCCUCUUCUUGUCCCUUUCCUUUCUUGAAUUUUGAGUCGUUAUGUGGUUGCUCCUGUGAUCCUCUCCUUUCUGGGGCAUGUGGGGCAUUUAGAUGGAAAACAGAUCUGAGAAGAGUCCACUUAGUGACCCAGCUUGUCAGUCAGUGGUUGGCUGUGUGGUGACUGGGACCCUCAAAAACACUUUCAGGCCACACACAAUGUCUGUGUUUAAUUUAGCAUUCAUGGUGAUGGACACUCGGGGUCUAGUCCUCUGCUCAACCUUUACACACGAAUCACUGAUAAUCUCUACGUCAACUAACCCCAGAUUAAAGAUGAAUAAAAUCCCAGGGCCUAUACUUCACUAUCUUCAUGUUACACAUUUAAAAGGGCUGGAAAGCAUGCAAAAUACACUAUCAGACUCAACCAUUUUACUGUAACAGUACACCUAUGGUUUUGUUUUCUGUUCCAUGUGAAAUCGUCAUUGUAUAGCUACAUGUUCUCAGUACAGUAAGAGAGUAUAGAAACUCAUGUCUUUUUCCCCAUAACCCUUUACAGGUCCUAGUGCCACCAAUCUAAUAAUAGGCUCCAUCGCCGGAGCCAUCCUUGUGGCUGCCAUAGUGCUGGGGGGGACUGGAUGGGGCUUUAAGUAAGCAACACGCCGCAUGCCUCUCCUGCUCUAACACUAGCAUCCCUGCUGCUUCUAGACACCAGGGUUUGAGCUCCUGCUACAUAAUGAAGACCCCAGAGUGGACAAUGUGUUAACAUUUCACACACUGCACAUGGACAGCACAUGCCUAUCAUGUGUCUGAGCUGCUCGCUUGGUUGCUCUAUACUGAAAGACGGGGAUGGUCCAAGGGUCCGGAUAUGUCAAGGGUGAUUUGGAGAGUGACCAGGCGCCAUGUGUGGGGGUCAUCUGUGGAUCUGUAGCAGAACCUCAAACUGAUUGGACGGGCAGAGCUCAGUAUUUGACAUGCAUGUUAGAUAAAGGAUCUGGUAACAGAGGGGAACAGCUUCUUAUAUCAGCUAUGUGAUUUUAAAAAGUAUUGUUUAUGCUUAUAUUCAUAACAAGUUAAUGUUAUUUCCCCUCUGAAAUCCAAAAAUAGAUCUCUAACAUCCUGUUUUAUCUGUGUAGCCAGUAAAUCUACUCAUGUACAUAGAUUAUGUUUACUUGAUUCCUUUCUACCGCUGAUUAGCCUGCUGUCUUGAGCAACAGGGGUGUUACGCAUCUUAUCUGAGUAGGCCUCAAGAGAAACUGAGCAAUAAAAAUCUGCAGCCACCAAAGCAUGCCAGGUAGAAAAGCAUCAAAAAAAGAAGAAAACAAAAAAAAAAGAAGGAAAAAAGUAUGCAACAAAACAUUUUUGCAUGUUGACUUGUUGAUUUGGAGGAGGUCAGUUCAUUGCACAAAGGCUGAGCCGCACCCAGAGUGAUCUGCUCCAGGGUUGUCGUGCUCUCAUCACGUCCAUGAUCUUUCUCUCAAUCCGUUACUGUUUGAGGCUGAGACUUUAAAUGGAGUAGUGAGAGCGACAAGAGGCGAGGACCUUAUUGUUGGCCCGCAGCCUUUGUGCCAUGGCUGGCCACACCCACCUCGAUGGCCAGGCUCCGCCCUAGAGCAGACUCUCGGACCCGCCCACACCAGCUGCCAUUGCUGCCCGCUUCACGGACCUGGUACAGACACGGCGCAUUGCACUGCAUGACCCACGCACAACAAUAGUGCCACCUUCAACUGGUCUACUAUUGGAACAGGUGCAUGACAGAGUGAUAGAAGCCCCACAGUAAGCCACAGUACGGGGAGGUUAUGCAUCACUCCUGUUGUCAUAUUCGUUGUUGUCCCACUGUUGUGGUGGUAGUAAGUGUUGCUCCUGCUGCUGCUGCUGCUGUGGUUGUCGUUCAUGUGGUUGUGUCCUCUCUCCCUCCUCUUUAAAUGAUAUUUAUUGUUAGCUCUUCCUCCCAGAUGGUUAUGUUUUGAGUGGAACUAAUGUCUUUCCCAUCAAAACUGGUAAUGAGAUGUAUCUCCUACACUUCUGCGCCUCGUCAAAUGAUGUUGCACGUAAAACCUAGUUGGCAGUGGUCUUCAAGAAGGCAAUAGAGGACAUUUAUAUGCAGACACAUUCAGAUAUCAGCUAAUGUCUUUAAAGUUGAAGUUAUGAGUAAACAUUUUUGUGACUUUUUAAAAAACAAAAGUUACUUUUUAGUGCUAUUCUUGAAUAUGGUUAUGGUUUAUUAUGUUUUUUUAAGGUUUAAUUGCAUAUAAAUACUUCUUUCUGCCUUUCACAGUCACUGCCAAACUGGCUAAUAUGGACCAGCCUUUUCUCACUCAAAUGUCUUCAGCAUUUUCAGCUUUCAUUUUUGGCUUUUGAGUUCUAAAAGAAAAAACUGUCAAGGAACUAAAGACAGCACUUGACUCAUCAAAACCUGAAGAGAUGAGUGUGGCUGUUUGUCCAUGUUGCACUAGCUGUGGUCCUGAUUUGAUUGUAACGUACACUGACUCAUGUUUCCUAUCUCCUCGUAAGAAAUGUGAAGAAACGGCGAUACGACCCCAACGCCACAGCCAUUUAACCCAAGGAGAGAUGGCAAUCACAGACGGGACUCCUCCAAGGCUUCCUUAGUUGGCUACUUGACAGCUGGACUGCACUUAUUGCUGCUGAUUUUUGGCAUUAGAUUUACUUGAAAAUGACAUAGAGGACAUUUUAAUAAAUUCCAUUGUAGUUACAUUAGAUUUGCAGCCUUUUCAACUCCACCACACUCAUGUAACAAACCCACAACCUCCCACCCCUGAUCUCUUGAGUGACAGAGCUCCUCUUCCAUCCUUUAGUGCCAGUGCACAGGCGUUCAGGCGGGAUUCACACCACUCUCUCACCUGGCAUGAUUAUCCGCACACAGCGUGCUGCUUGCUGGCCCCCUGGCAUGAAGAGCCCCCUCAGCAGGGCUCUGCAUGGCUACAAAAGCUACGAAUAUACCGCAAAAAAACAAAAAAAACAUACAAAGAGAAAAAAAACGUAAUAACCUUAUGCAGGAGAUAGCCUUGUUUUCAACCAAACCCAGCAAAGAAGCCGGUUAAAGCUCCUAUAGUUCACUUUCAGGUGCUGUAGAGGAUAAGGGGGGCUGCAUGAGAGGACCCAUAAGGGCAGUGCAUUUCGUACAGCAAAUGCACACACACACACAAACUGUACAUAAAUAAGGAGACCAGGUCUGGGAUUAACAGCAUAUUUUACAGGGACAUCAAUUGCUUUUGUUUUUUAUCUUAGCAUGUUGUAUAGCGGGUGUUUUUGGCAAUGUUGUUGAAAAAAACUGCAAUUGGGAUUUUGGCCAAAAUUGUAGUCGCACGCUGCACUCAGCCUCCUGUGAUCAUCUGGGCGGAGGUCAAAGGUUAGGAUCACCACAGCAGACACGGUGGCUGUGGUGUCGAGGAGAAGCAUGUCAGUCCUACAGGUUUCAGACUGGUAUCACGUCAGAUUAAAGUCACAAUAUUUCCUCCCCUUCCCAAAGUAUCUCAAACAGUGACUCAAAAGCCAAAGAACCAAUCACCUGAACAUAUGGAUGUUGUUGCACACAGAGCACUUUCCCCUCUGUCUGCAGCCAGUGGUGCCUCUCCUACUGCUGAGGGCAUGAAGUCUGUCUAUGCAGGCGCUCACCUGUCCAGCCAGGUCUCACAUAACAGUCCUCAUCAACACCCACUAUACUGGCUUAACCUUUUUGCUCUCAUUAACUCUUAGCAGAAAUCAAGUUCAGCUCUACUGGAAACGCUGCAUGCAAUCACUAUAGUGGGCUUAUAAUUCUAUAUGGGAGUCCCCAAAAUCCGCAAGAAAAAUAUGCUACAAAAGAUAGGUGCAUGUCAACAAUAAAAUAAAAAACAUUUAAUUUUUAUUUACUAUGCAAAGAGAGAUAUUGCACAAAAGUAUGGGUUAUAAUGAUAAUAAUAAUGUAGACAUGGAAUUACAGAAAUCUCUGCUAAUCAGCUAAUCUUUUGUAUCUGGCCACUCCCACGUCUCGUUUCACUUCACUUUAAUGUACUCAACCUAUCGAUGGACAAACAAAAAAGAACUGAAUUAAUAUUUCCGAUGAAAAAGCAAGAGAGCACCCUUUUACAUCUGUGGAACUGAAAAUCAUUUUUGUGUGUUUUUCAUCUGGUCUGAUAUUUUUAUCACACACACACGCACAAACAUGUACACUAACACACUGUAUGGUGCCUGUGCAUAAUGAGGACUUAAAAGUUUCCUUUUGCAGGGCUUUUAUUCCCAGUCCAGCUGAUAGUUGGUGUGUUCCAGGUGCUGCCAUAGCACUGGCAUCGUUGUAAUCCUCCAUGUAAUUCAUUGUCUGGUGUCCCUCUCUCACUGCAUCAUGUACAGUUGGACCGAUGAAUAAAUUACUGACAAUUUUAUCUGAGCGUUU